GCCGUCUAGGAGAUUUCGAUAGCGUAGUUUUAUCACAAUACUCAGACUUUUAAAAUUCGGAUUAGCGCCGAUCAGAAAUCUGUCGUAAAGACAGUAAAGUGGUAUUAAUCGUAAAAUGAAAUAGUGGUUUGUCUGCGAAGUGGAGAUACGCUGGAUAACAAAUCUGCCGCAGCACAGCUGAUCACCAAGAAUGUUUUGCUUUUCUAUUCCAUCACAGCCAACCGCGUGCGGUAGAAACGUUACGCUUUACCUGUCCCAGUCAUAAUAAACCAUUUGUUACGAUUUGUAAUACUUAUUUCCACGAGGAACAUUACUUUUUUAUCGUUAGUUUUUCCGUACGUUGCAGCCCACCGUUUAUCUCCUGCAAGUUUUGCUCAACAACAUACACCAUGGGAAUCGGGGGAAAGUUUCCUCUAGCUGGCGUGAAACAUAUUAUUGCUGUCGCGUCAGGAAAGGGAGGCGUGGGGAAGUCAGCCACCGCAGUGAAUCUAGCGCUCGCUCUGUCCGCAAGGAAUCCCGCACAUCAGGUUGGCUUGCUGGAUGCGGACGUUUAUGGGCCGUCUAUUCCCACAAUGAUGAAUCUUUCCGGCCAACCAGAAGUGACGAAACAGAAUUUAAUGAAGCCCUUGACAAAUUAUGGAAUAAAAUGCAUGUCGAUGGGAUUUCUGGUGGAAGAAAAAGCAGCGAUUGUAUGGCGCGGACUUAUGGUUAUGUCGGCCAUCCAGAAAAUGCUUAGGCAGGUGUUGUGGGGCCCGCUGGAUUAUUUGGUAAUUGAUAUGCCGCCGGGCACCGGUGACACCCAGUUAACGAUUUCUCAAAACGUGCCGGUUGAUGGAGCUGUUGUUGUCUCUACGCCACAAGAUCUCGCAUUACUGGAUGCACGCCGGGGAGUUGAAAUGUUUAAGCAAGUCGGAAUUCCUGUCCUGGGAAUUGUGGAAAAUAUGAGCGUAUUUCAGUGUCCAAAAUGCCAUGAGCAAACUCAUAUUUUUGGUCAUGAAUCAAUACAAAACAUGUGCCAGGAAUUGAAUUUGGAUAUACUUGCUUCUAUUCCACUCGAUAUCAGAAUAAGAGAGGCAAGCGAUAAAGGAGAACCGAUUCUUAUAACCGACCCGGAAGCUUCGUUGUCCAAAGCGUACAUGCAACUUGCAGAAGAAGUUGUAAGACGGAUACCGGAAAAACAGCAGAGAACAGCGAAGGCAGGACCAUGAAAAUUGCGAAGUGGCCCUGUAAUUUUAUAUAUUUGAGUUGUUCUGCCGUAAAAUGUGCCAUAAUUUUUAGUUUGUUUGCUUAGCUCGGGAGUUGAGUCUUGACUGAGGAAUCAGUAUAAAUCUUCACAGGCAGUAUUACACGUGUUAUUUCUGCGACGAUGUAAAAUGAGUGUGUAACCUAAGCGUCUCAUGUUAUUCCUGUGAACUUCUGUACUGAUGCAGGGCAGAUGUGGAAUUAAUAAAUUCUGGUU